AUGGCAUUUUCUCGUGCAAUUCGACCAUCUGACUCCUGGGAAAUCCCUGCUGAAUUAGUUUGGGAAAUCCUAAUAUGGCUUCCUGUAAAAUCCCUUAUGAGAUUCAAGAGUGUUUGUAAGGCGUGGCUCUCGAUAAUUCUGGAUCCUUCCUUUGCAAAAGCCCACCUCUGUGGUUUUCAAGGACUCCUCUUCAUAGAUCCCUAUCAUUCUGCACCAAAACACUGCUUUUUCUAUGUGAACCUGGAUAAUCAUCCUAGUGAACUUCGUUACCACCUAACCAUGGAUCAUGGCGAUAAGAGAAUGGGUCGCACUAACGUUGUCAAUGGCCUUGUAUGUUUUUUCUACCACAGUUACUCAUACUUAUGCAACAUUGCUACCCAUGAAAUCAUGCAACUUCCGUCGUCAACCGCAGAACUUCGAGCUCGUGCGCGUAAAUUGGGAUGCGAGAUUCUCUCAAUUGGCCUGGAUGCAUCUUGGAGACCUGUCGAUGCCCCAUCCAAGAAAAGAAUAGAUGAUGAUAGUGUCUGUUACAAUGGAGUUUUGUACUGGAUGGAAUCGAAUAUGGGUAAAGAAAAGGAUUAUCUUGUUGCUUUUGAUCUUGCUCGUGAGAAGUUUCAGAUCAUUCCACCCCCGCCUGAGGAAGAAGACAGGCCGUUCUCUGUGGCAAGAUUUGGACCUAGUCUUACUCUAACAUCUUGGGUGGGGGAUGGCUGGGAUUGGCAGGGAUUUAUUUUUCGCUGUUGUAAUGAUGGUAUUGGUAGAGAUUCAGGGUGGGUGUGGACUAAUGAGCGAGAAUUCGAGGUAUCCUUGAUGUGCGGAUAUAAAUCAUAUGAUCCUUGCUUUAGGGGUGUUCUUCCCAAUGGAAAGGCAUUGAUUACUGAUCUUCGUUCUGGUAAAUCCACCCCAAGUCCCUUUUACUUGUUUGAUCCACCCAAAGGGGAGUAUGAAAUUAUCCCUGUUCAUGCAACAACCGAGUCAGCUUCACUGUUCAACAAUGAAGCUGAUGUACUCUAUUAUAAGGAGAAUAUCAUCUCAUUAAGGUCUUUGAUCUCCAAUACCUACGUUAUGUUGGGUCCUUUGGUCGCCUUUCACUUGACUUAUUCAAAAAUCUGGAUUGCACCAAUAUUGGGGAGGUCUUGGCGUUCAACUAGUCCCAUUCUGGGACUUAUUAACCAUAAGAGACUCAUCUGA